UCCCGCCAUGUGCUCUGUCUGUGCGGAACACAUAAAGGCUCUGCCUUGAAUUAAUCACUCGCUCUUUAAUGGAUCUUUGAGGAUCGCGCUUGACGCAGUGACGAGCUGCAGCUCUUUGUAUUGCGAGACCAAGAGGAACCUUGUAUUUUUUUCGUACCCCAGUCCGAUAUCUACUGCCUCUUAGAAAAUGUCAAAGGGGUUCAUGGUGACAUAGGCACCUCGGUUUUGGUUACGGAGAGACUGCAGGGCUCUUGCUUCGUUGUGCGAAAGAGGGACAAGCCAGUUACUGAUGGUGGAUCUCAGACAUGCAUGUGAUCACUGGACAGUUUAACCUGAACAGCCGGGGGAGCACCUCUGGGCCCAUAAAUGAGACUAAAAUGGUGGAAGAGAAGAAAAGACAAGAGGAUGAAAGCUAUCAAAAAUGCUACGCCUUUGGGAAAUAAACACAGGUCAUUGGUGAAACACUAAGACACAGCUCUAGCAGUCCACUAUAGUAAAAAAUAAACUUCUCCAUUCGAGACUUAACUUGUACGUGUAUAAGCUAUGUUUCACAGGUUUAAUAAGGUGCUGAAAUAUAAGAACACAAACCCUCAACUCAUGUGAUUUAAUUCUCUGGAACAGAGACUGGACAUUUUGUCCCUUGACUAAAUCAAGGGAAAGGGUUUAUUACCCUGCCAGAAUACUGUGAGGCUCAUUCCAGCCCAGUUCAAACUCAAGUGGAACCCCAAGCUGCUACUGACAGGCAUUGCUUAUGGCUUCCAGCAGGGCAUCGGGAACUUGGAAUGCAGGCAUGGUUAAGAGUGCCUUCUUCUGGUCUGUGGCCAUAAUCUAUCUGACUUACAUAGGUGGAGUGAGGGGGGAUUGCUGGCUCAUAGAAGGGGAAAAGGGCUUUGUAUGGCUUGCCAUUUGUAGCCAAAACCAGCCACCCUAUGAGGCUAUCCCUCAGCACAUCAACAGCACUAUAGUGGACCUUCGUUUGAAUGAGAACAAGAUCAAAAGUAUCCACUACUCAGCCCUCAGCCGCUUUACCAACCUAACGUACCUGAACUUAACCAAGAAUGAGAUUAACUAUGUUGAGGAUGGGGCUUUUUCGGCCCAAUUCAACUUACAGGUACUCCAACUGGGCUUCAAUAAAUUGCGGAACUUAACAGAAGGGAUUCUCAGGGGUUUGGGCAAGCUGCAGUACCUCUACCUCCAGGCUAACCUGAUUGAGACUGUGACUCCCAAUGUCUUUUGGGAGUGCCCAAACAUCGAAAACAUUGACCUUUCCAUGAACCGCAUCCAGGUGCUAGAUGGGUCCACCUUCACCAGCCUGACUAAGCUGACCACCUGUGAGCUCUACACCAACCCGUUCAACUGCUCCUGUGAGCUCUUGGGGUUUGUCAAGUGGCUCUCAGUCUUUCCCAAUAGAACUAGUGAACGGAUGGUGUGUGAUUCUCCCACCGGAGUCUCUGGCUACAGCCUCCUGAGCCAGAAUCCAAACAAUCCAACGUUUCGCAAUGCUCUGCAUAUGCUUUCCACUGUGUGCACGGAGGACUAUGUUACUCCAUACAUUCCUGUGCCUCCCGAGACCACCACUUUCCCUCCAGAUGCAACACCCUGUGGGCUGGAAGACUGUCCAUCUGGGACUGAGCCUGAUGAGAUCAGCAUUAGUCCCACUGACAUAUUAGACGUGAAACCAAUCAUGAAACUAAAGCAAGUGUCUCACACAAAUGCGGUAAUCACAGUUCAGAUUCCUUACCCCUACAAGAAAAUGUACAUUCUUGUUCUGUAUAACAAUAGCUUCUUCACUGAUAUACAAAAUCUGAAACGACAGAAGGAGGAAAUUGAGCUGAAAAACCUUAAACCUCACACCGAUUACACCUACUGUGUGGCUUCCAUAAGAAACUCCCUGCGUUUCAAUCAUACCUGUCUUACACUGUCCACAGCGCCUAGAAAUGGAAAAGAAAAAGUAGCCAGUACUGCAACAGCCACUCACUACAUAAUGACUAUCCUAGGAUGUCUUUUCAUUAUGUUAAUUGUUUUAGGAAUUGUAUAUUACUGCCUGAGAAAAAAGAGACAACAAGAUGAAAAGCACAAAAAGGCAGGCAGUUUGAAGAAGAACAUAAUUGAGCUUAAAUAUGGUGGUGAACUGGAAGGCGGGACUAUAUCCAGGAUGUCUCAAAAGCAAAUGAUGGCUGGGGAGAGCAUGACCCGCAUGCCAUAUCUACCCUCUGCCAGUGACAUGGAGCAAUACAAACUUCAAGACAUAACUGACACUCCAAAAAUGGCCAAAGGUAAUUACAUGGAAGUGAGAACAGGGGAGCACCUAGAUCGAAGGGAAUGUGAGAUGUCCAUGCCUGGCAAUAGCCAAGGCUCAGUUGCUGAGAUCUCAACGAUUGCAAAGGAGGUGGACAAGGUCAACCAGAUCAUUAACAAUUGCAUAGAUGCUCUGAAAUCAGAGUCCACCUCCUUCCAAGGGGUAAAAUCUGGUUCAGUGUCAACCGCAGAACCUCAGUUAGUGCUGAUCUCAGAACAGCCUAAUAGCAAGUCUGGCUUCCUGUCACCUGUUUACAAGGACAACUACCACCACUCUUUACAAAGACAUCACACUUCAGAUGCCUCUCCGAAGCGUCCAAGUACAGCCACUGGUGGUCCAGCACGGAGCCCAAGGCCUUACCGUUCAGAGGGAUCAUAUAAGUCAGAGGCAAAGUACAUAGAGAAGACUUCACCCACAGGGGAGACUAUCCUGACUAUCACACCUGCAGCUGCAAUACUAAGGGCAGAGGCAGAGAAGAUUCGUCAGUAUAGCGAGCAUCGGCACUCCUACCCUGAUGCCCAUCAAAUUGAGGAGCUGGAAGGACCAGACAGUCGGAAAACCUCCAUCUUGGAGCCCCUGACGCGGCCUCGUCCCAGAGACUUGGCUUACUCACAGCUCUCCCCCCAGUACCACAAUCUCAGUUACUCAUCUAGUCCCGAGUACUACUGCAAACCAUCUCACAGCAUCUGGGAGCGUUUUAAACUCCAUCGCAAACGUCACAAAGAUGAGGAUUACAUGGCUGCUGGCCAUGCCCUGAGGAAAAAAGUGCAGUUUGCAAAGGAUGAAGACCUGCAUGACAUUCUAGAUUACUGGAAGGGAGUGUCAGCCCAACAGAAAUCUUAAUCUACUUGUGAUUGUUUAUGUUCUUUCCAUUUUCAAUGGACCACAAGGAACAGGGCAAAAACAAAUCAUUUUCCAGUGAAAUCACAUUCUGGAUAAAUAUUAUAUUACAGUGAAUUUAUACUUAGGGAAAAAGGAUUGUGUACCAAAAUGUAAAGAUGUUACUUAAAGCAACAAGAAGAUAAUAUAUGGAAAAAUAUAGAGACAUACAUUUUUAGUAUUUGGUUACCGCAUGGCCAAGUCCUGUGACAGUGGAUUUGCUAUUGAGUACUGUAAGACUACAAGAAUCCAACAGUGGUUUCUGAAAUUUCUUCUUGCAGGUCCACUGUAAUUUAUGGACAGUUUUCUCACAAUAUUUGAGUUUGUUCUAAAUAAAGAUGAAUUGUGUACAGAUAUUGUUUCUAUAUUUGCCACGUUUGCUGUUAAAAAAUGGACAAAACAAAUCUCUAAUGUGUAUGAUUCAGGUUAAGACCAUGGAUUUCGGAAUUAGCUCCUGUGAUAUCUGUCCUUAAAUGAAUGUUUACCGUCCUGAUGGAUAAACAUUGCACUUGUUAAUGAAAUGGCAUAUUGUGACCUUUAGACUACAGUUUACGCUACCCUGCUUUGCCAAUUGUCUUUCUUUAUUCAUGCCAUCAGACUGCACAAUAUUAAACAAAGGCUGAUGAAAUGUUAUAUUUGUGUAAAUUGUAACCACAAAGUGUAUCAGUUUGUUUGGGAUGGUGUAGAUGAAACAUCUGCAUAAAUAAUUGCAGUGUCAAAGUGGAAGUGGGAAGAUCUAGACAACUGAGGUAAAUGUCAUAACCUUCAAAUGAAAAAGAAAUUAAAAGUAAUUCAGAUAAUUUUGAUACACAUUCAAUGAUACUUUUUUAUUUGUAUAUCAGUGACACACUAUACAAAACACAGACUUCUGCUUUGACCUUACUUGAUGCCUACUAGUAUUGAGGGGUUACCUGAUCAUGAACCAAAGUGCUUGGGGGGCAGCUCAUCACACAUACACAGUACUGCAGAUGUUUCUACUGAUCUCAAGCCAACAGCUGCAUGGAUGAAUGUAUUACAUACAUAACAUUAAGCAGCCUUUUCAGCUGUAAUUUGUUUGUAUUGUUUUUUUACAACCACAUGAUUCCCAUUUUUAAGGCUAUAUGCUUUUGAUAUUCAUACUUCUUUUCAGUUUCAUGUAUUUGUCAUUUCUGUCAACAAUAUAUAAUCAAUCAGAUUUUUUUUUUUAUAAGGGUAUUGUUUUAGUCUUUUCUGCAGUUUGGCAGAUACAAAUGGUUUUAUAAAUGAUGAACGCCACUGCACGGAUACAGAAAAGAUCAGCACUGAAUCAGGAAGGUGAGACAUGAGUGAGAAAGACUAAUUAACUGAACUGUUGCCACUGAAUCUGUACAUCAACUGAAUAGUAUUACAGAAAGUGGGUAACUCGGUUGUCAAACUUUUAUUUAUUUUUUUCAACCGCCUUAAACUUCGGGAAAUAUCUGUAUUACUGUAUUUGUUCUUUUACUUUCAGUGUUGAUGUUUUUGCAAAGUCUUCAUCUGUUGUCAUUUUUUUUAAGAUAAAUAAUUUCAGUGGAUUUCAAGAGCUGUCAGAUCUAUAGAUAAUCUGGCAAGUAACCUAUAUGUUUUUAUAUUGCAUAGUGUAGCACUCCUGUAUGUCAAUCAACAUGUUGAGAAAUCUGUGAACAGAGAGCAUUAGAUACAAACAAGAGCACAAUGAGUGUUAUUUUGUAUUUCUUAAUAAUAUGUUACCUGCUUUCAGAAAAAAAGUACUGUGAAAUAAAGGA